CUUAUUUAUUUAUGGUGGUCCGAAAUAAAUCACGGCCCAAAAUGCGUGAAAUUCCGUAAAGGGCAGGGUUGUGCUGUUGUGUUUGUUUUCGGUGUUUCGGUGGAAACGAUGGCUAAUUCUCCAACGAGCAUUGAGACGCAAAUAGACAGUUUCUUGGAGCAAUUUAAGAGAAGUGCCUCUAAGGCGAUGGAGGAGCGAAUAGAAUGGCCUGACGGUCCAUCCCCUGGUGCGGUGGUGAAGUCUCGCAGCAGCUGCUUCGCGCUGGACUCUGCAGCUGACGCGGGCUGCGAUGACUGCGGCGAGGAUGAAGGCCGGCUGGUCUCCGAGCUGCUACUCCCGCAGUACGCGCUGGCCACGGGCGGGCUGGCGCGCGACCAUCGCCCGCUCAUCACCUUCCCCGACAACAACAACUUCCACCUCCUCACGGCGCCGGAGUACCGCCGCCUGCUGCUGUACCUCACCUCUGUGCCCUCAUUGUUAGAAGCCGACAUGGGGUUCCACAUAAUAAUAGAUCGAAGAAAGGACAGAUGGAAUUCAGUCAAAACAGUAUUAAUAAGGAUCUCAGAGUUUUUCCCUGGCAUCAUCCACACAGUAUACGUGCUCAGACCAGCCAGCUUCCUCCAAAAAGCGCUCUCGGAAGUGAGCAGCAAGCUGUUUAAAGAAGAGUUCCGGUUCCGAGUACUAGUGUGCUCAUCAGUUGAGGAACUGUAUGAGCACUUUGACCGGUCGCAACUCACGCCGGACCUUGGUGGGGAGCUGCAGUACUCGCACGCUGAGUGGAUACAGCAGAGAAUUGCCCUGGAAAUGUUCUCUACGUUAAUGAAAGAGAUCUCAAGCAAGCUGGACGAGUUUAUGCACGAAAUAGUGGAUUGCGACAUGGGGAACGAUCCGACACAAACCAAAGAAUUAUUAGACUGCCAGGAAACUAGGUAUAAAGAGUUGAAGACGGAACUGGCGGCGGCGACCACGCAAGGCGAGGAGCUGCUGACGCAGAUGAGGAAACCAAAUCUAACGUUUAUUAGUAAUAUUAUAAGUCACGUAGCCGCUGUUGAGAGGUUACUAGUACAACUAGAAGAGACUGAAAAGCAAUUCGACAAUUUUUGGCAAAAACAUUCCACAAAAUUAAACCACUGGCUUCAAUUUAGGACAUUUUUAUUAAAUUUUAAACAAAUGCAGGCUACUUUAGACAAUCAUCUGAAGGCAGCAUGUGACAUGACCGAGGUUGGAGAAACGGCGAGUAGAGUGGAAAGUUUAAUUCAAGAAGCUAUUGAUUUCGAAAAACUUUGCAACUGUGAUCUAGAUACUGCUGCAUCCGUUAUAGACGACGGAGAGAAGCUAAUGCAGGACCCCCUCAGUUCAGUAGACCACAUAGAGUCCAAGUGCGAGGAGCUGCGCCGCACCAGUGCGCUACUCGCUGACAAGAUACAGAAACGGACGCAGCUGCUAAAUAAGGCCAGGGAACUCAUGGACAGGAUAGACAAGGCCAACGACUGGUGCGCGACCGGCGUGGAGAUCCUGGCCGGCGAGGGCGGCCUCAUCGCCGUUGACAAGCUGCUAGAAGACGCGCAGGGUUUCGGCCUCAGCGCGCCCGACCUGUUCCGCGAGGCUUUAUUACAGUCCGCCACGCAGGAGACCAAGGCGCUGGUCGCACAGGUGGCCCAAAGGGUGGAAGAUGUCUGGCUAAUGGCUACAGUGAAGCGAGCGACACUUCAGCGUGCUGCAGCUAAACCCGCGCGGCCCGUGCAGUCCGUGCCUCCGACCACCGUACCAGCUGUCAACACACAGAUGGAGACGUCAGGUGGUUCAGAGAGCUCGAGCGGCGAGGACGCAGAGGCGCGGCGGUUGCGGCGCGGGCACGUGCUCGCGGAGCUGCUGCAGACUGAGCGGGUCUACGUGCAGGAGCUCGGUUCAAUACUCACUGGUUACAAAGAGGAGAUCGAGAAGCCAGAGAACCAGCACCUGCUGCCGGCGACGCUGGUGGGGCAGGCCGACGUGCUCUUCGGGAACCUGCACGAGCUCUUCACAUUCCACCAGGACGUGUUCCUCAAGGACCUAGAGCGGUCCAUCUCGGCUACCGAACUCGUUGCACUCUGUUUUGUUGAGAAGCGAGAGACAUUCUUCCGGCUCUACAGCUACUACUGCCAGAACAUCCCCCGAUCGGAGCGGCUGCGCGAGACUCUGGUGGACACACACCUCUUCCUCCAAGCGUGCCAGCUGCGGUUAGGGCACAAGCUGCCGUUGGCCGCGUAUCUGCUCAAGCCAGUGCAGAGGAUCACCAAGUAUCAGCUGCUAUUAAAGGACCUCCUGCGGUACAGCGAAUGUGGCUCGAUGAGCUCGAACCUCCAGCAGGCGCUCGAAUGUAUGUUGGUCGUGGUCAAAUGCGUCAACGACUCCAUGCAUCAGAUCGCCAUCACUGGCGUACCCGUGGACCUAGCGCAACAAGGCGAGCUCCUGAUGCAAGGCUCGUUCCUCGUCGCGUCGGAAAGCAAACGGGACCUGCGGCUCAGAAUACGGCCGCGGCGUCGGCAUAUCUUCCUCUACGAGAAGGCCAUGCUCUUCUGCAAGCCGGCUACUAAGAACAGCCACAACAAGGCUACUUAUCACUUUAAGAAUGAUCUCCAGAUGUCACAAAUCGGACUCACAGAGUCUGUGAAAGGCGACCUCCGCAAGUUCGAAGUAUGGCGGGAGCACCGACUAGAAGUACACACGAUCACAGCGCCCUCUGUGGAAGUGAAGCGAGCGUGGGUCGAGCGCAUUAAAAGGGUUCUACUCGAUCAGCUGAAGGAACUCAAGGGCGAGCGCGUCAGGAAGUACGGCAUGCAACACAGCAGGACACUAAUCCAGGCCAGUUCCUGGGACCUGGGCCCCCCGGCCCCGCAGGCCAAGCCCCCCGCGCCCGCCUGCACGCCCCGCACGGCCUCCUGCGACUCGCACGACGAGCCCUGCUGGUCCACCGACCCCUCGGAGGACGAGGAGGACGAACCCGAACAGGCGCCGGCGGUGGGGUGCGGCCUAGUGGCGCUGUCGGAGUACACGGCGGUGGGCGCGAGCGAGGUGUCGCUGCGCGAGGGCCAGCAGGCCGAGCUGCUCAAGGUCGGCUGCGCGGGCUGGUGGUACGUGCGGCUGGCGGGCGGGCACGGCGAGGGCUGGGCGCCGGCGGCGUACCUCGACCAGCGCAAGACCUCCCGCUCGUCCAGCCGCUCGCACGACCGGUUGCACGACCACUGA